GGCUGAUUACACCAAUUGACACCAAAGCUAGCAAGAUGUCCCGCCAUUGACAUGCAGCUGAUGAUUAGCUUCCUCCGGGCAACUGCUUCAUUUAUUGUCAUCUAUCAACGCAAUGCACAUCGCUUGGCGCACGUCGACAAUCGCCUGACAGCAAUUCUUCUCCUCAGUCAGUCCACUAUGCAUGAACUGGAGCGGGAACUUCGUGCAAUUGGCACAAGCCUGUCUCCACCAGACUACGCCGCUUGUGUCGCUGACACGGCCAAUGACCAAACACAGUUGUCUGCCCCUGGCAUGCCACUUGUGCCUAGAACUUCUGGACCGUUUGCAGGUGGGCUAUGCGUAGCCAAAGGAACCCCUUGGUUAGAGCCCCACGACGUUUUGUACACGCGUUCGGCUGGGCCCGAUGACGACGGUACUUUUACCGACCAUCAUCCCCAGUAUGGCUCUCCCAUCACGCCAUCGAUUGACCAGAUACCUUGUGCAGUACCACCACAAGUCCGGUGUGUGGUGGGGGAGACGAGGGUCCGGCAUGGCAUGAGGAAUCGACUGGCCUCUAGUAGAGCGACAACCUAUCCCCAUGCGGUGAUUGCUCGUGUCAGAGCGUUGAACGACACGAUGCGGCGGUGGGGCAGGGAGAAAUAGCUUGCUCUGACUUGUAUGUGGCCGUGUUAUUCAGAAAAGGGAUGGCAUCACGUAGACACUUGAUAGGUAGAUUACAUAGGUACAACAGCCAAUCAAGCUU